CUCAUUCAUUGUCAUUCGCGGUUUCUGUUUUGUGGACUGAAUGGCAGCUAAGUUACUGGCAGCAAUGAGGAGAUAGCGCAGAGUUCAGUAUUGGCUCACUGUAAUACCAUGACCCAUUUUUUCAGCCGUAAGUAGACAGUUGCCGUUAGCUCAGCUAAAGUUGCUUAGCUCUUGUUUACCCGCCGGCUUUUACACACAAGUGCCCGGAGAAAUGCAGAGAAUACGGUCAUUGAAAAGCGGUUGGCAGCUACUGAAAUCAAGCUGUGAGGCAGCAGCAAAACAAGUAAACACCUCGCCUUCGACCUCACGAAAUUACAGCCAUGGCUCCAGCUCCUUCGGGCUCCUCUUCGACAUUGAUGGGGUCCUGGUGCGGGGCAGGACGCCGAUCCCUGCAGCCAAGCAGUGCUUCAGGGACCUGGUGGACAGCAAUGGGAAAUACAAGGUGCCUGUGGUGUUUGUCACCAAUGCUGGGAACUGCAUGAGGCAGGCUAAAGCUGAACAUCUGUCACAUCUGCUCGAGGUGGAGGUUUCUCCAGACCAGGUGAUGCUGUCCCACAGUCCUUUGCGAAUGUUUACCCAGUUCCACAAAAUGCGUGUGCUGGUGUCGGGACAGGGUCCUGUGGAGGAGGUCGCUCACAACCUUGGCUUUCAGAAUGUUGUUACUAUAGACAUGCUCAGGGAAGCAUAUCCUCUUCUGGAUGUCGUAGAUCACAACAGAAGGCCCAAAGACAGUAUUCCCCCCACCAAAGGCUUAUGGCCGAUAGACGCUGUCAUCUUAUUUGGUGAACCAAUCAGAUGGGAGACCAACCUCCAGCUUAUCCUUGAUGUGCUCCUGACAAAUGGGAGCCCAGACAAUGCCUGGAGUUCGAUGCGGUACCCUCACAUCCCAGUCUUGGCCUGUAACAUGGACCUGCUGUGGAUGGCCGAGGCAAAGAAUCCCAGGUUUGGUCACGGUAUGUUCCUGGUGAGCUUAGAGAGCCUGUUUAAGAAGGUCACUGGCUAUAAGCUGAAGUACGAGGCUCUGAUCGGCAAACCUAGUGUGGUGACUUACAACUACGCUGAGCUGCUGAUUAGACAGCAGGCUGAGAGACUUGGCUGGACCACACCUGUGAAGAGGCUGUAUGCUAUAGGUGAUAACCCAAUGGCCGACGUAUACGGCGCCAACCUCUACAACCACUACCUUCAGGCUUCUCAGCGCACCAGGGCCCAGAUGCAGGCUAAGAGUCGCGGAGGAGGUGAAGAUCCCUCGGCAGAAGCUGCUACCACUCCAAAAAUGACAUCUGCCGAACUAGGCGGAGCAACAGCUGAGUAUGGGGCAGAGGAGGACCUCCCCGAGGGCUGCAGCUCCAUCCUGGUGUGCACAGGAGUGUACAGCAGAGACCAGCAGGAGCUGCCCUCGGACCCGACGCAAACUGUCACCGAGCAGCACAUCUUCCACGGUCACAGGGACUUCCGCUUUGACCCCAGCCUCACGCAGCCGUCCUUCGUGGUGGAGGAUGUGAAGGAGGCGGUGGAGCUGGUGUUUCAGCAAGAAGGCUGGCCUCUAGAGUAGGACGGUAAGUGGGUCUCAAACUCUGGCUUCAUCUCCCAGCCGUCCAUUAAACAGCUCUGACGACCUUUAACUGGUAGUUACAGAAGCUUUAUGAGUUUAUUUUCUAAUCCAUGCCACUUAUGUAGCUGUUUCAGGGGAUCGUUCUUAGAGAUUUGUAUAAAGUGCCAGAGAAUCAGCUGCAAAAAAAAAAAUGCAGUUUUAACACUAAUUAUAAGAAGCCAAGUUUAUUAGGUGGGAGAAGUGUCCUUUCUUGCCUUUGUACGACACAAUCUACAUGUGC